UCUGGGUCGAUGGCUUCUUUAUGGCCGCAAAGGAAGAUACCCUGACAGGAUUCCCUUGUUCUCAGGGACGGCCUCUUCCCCCUGAGAGAGUCGCCUUCAGGGGCCGCUCCUUCCCGGCAGCUCCGCGGGCAGCCCCGCGGGCCCUCGUGAUGCGCGCGCCGUCGCCCCGCCCCCUUCCUUUCGGCCGGAACCGCCAGCGUUCAGUAAAUCGCAAAAAUGACCAACACAAAGGGAAAGCGGAGGGGCACCCGCUAUAUGUUCUCCAGACCUUUCAGAAAACAUGGAGUUGUUCCUUUGGCCACGUACAUGCGUAUAUACAAGAAAGGUGAUAUCGUAGACAUAAAGGGAAUGGGCACUGUCCAAAAAGGAAUGCCCCACAAAUGUUAUCAUGGCAAAACUGGAAGAGUCUACAAUGUUACCCAGCAUGCCGUUGGCAUUGUUGUGAACAAACAAGUCAAGGGCAAGAUUCUUGCCAAGAGAAUUAAUGUCCGCAUUGAGCAUAUUAAGCAUUCUAAAAGUCGAGACAGCUUCCUGAAACGGGUGAAGGAAAAUGAUCAGAAAAAGAAGGAAGCCAAAGAGAAAGGAACUUGGGUUCAACUGAAGCGCCAGCCUGCUCCACCCAGAGAAGCACACUUUGUAAGAACCAAUGGAAAGGAACCUGAGCUGCUGGAGCCCAUUCCUUAUGAAUUCAUGGCAUGAGAAGUGUU